UCCAGUAUGAUUAAAUCCAAAGUAUAUUUUGGUGAUCUUGGUCAUUCACUUGGUGGUAAUCCUCAAUCUCACCACUAAACUCUCCACACUUGACCUCUCAGCACUUGCCCGUCGGGAAGUCUCAGCGACGGCUGUCUGUAGGAACAGAAGAGGCUUAAGCCCACAGUAUCUGUCUGCCCGCUGGCCUUCAGCCCCUCUCUGUUCCUCUACAAUCACCAGGUUGUGCCCACACACUCAGGCUUAGUCAAAGCUGUAUCUGGAAAUGUGUCGUCUUGUUAUCUUUUAUCAAAUCCGAUCAGUUUUUGUCCGUCCGCUGAAGAAAUCCUCUCUGGCGAUGGGCCGAUGGAUUUAUGUAAUGUGUGGUGUGGCGUGUGUGACACACUGUCAUUAUAUAAAUAAUAAUGUGUCGAUGCAUAGUCGAUUGAUACAUACGUUAUGUGUGUUUAUGUUUAGAUGUAGGCCUAUAAAGAAAAAUAGUUUGAUUAAUUUGCAAUACUGGUUAGGAAAUAGUUUGUUUCCAUUUAGCCUAUAUAGCCUAUAAUAGGUCUAUUUGAAAUCGAUCUGAUGCUAAAUCAUUUCAAUAUUCCAUUUCCAAAAGGCUAAGCAGCAUGUGUUUCGGAUGGAUCCCCACAUCUUAUCGCCGACAGGUUCAGUUGAAGUUAAUUUAGAACCGAAAUGUUCCCUCAACCUCCGACUUUUUAAUCACAGCCCGAAUCUUCGCUGGUCUGAUUCUCUCUAAUUGAUUGGUAUUCAAUCAAUCCAAACAAAAUUGUUCUGAAAGUCGAAUAAAUCGUACAGUACUGAAGUACAAUUAAAUGCAUCAUGAUAUUGUAUCCAACAGGUGAAUAGUGUCUUUGAAACAAACCUUUUUUGUAUUCGUAAUUUAAGUUAUUUAUUUCGUUUAGUGUUUUAUCGAGCUAAGAACACGUGGUGGGGGGACCAGGGCGUGGUGGGUGAGGGGUCCCGCGUCCUGCCGGAACCUCAUCACUAUCAAGUACCCAAUCAAGAGACCACCAAGGCGGGACGGUUCUACUCUGCGCAUCCUCCUUACCAGGCUCUCUCAUCCCACCUGGAACGGGAUGCACCAUGCACCGGCGUUAUUUCGAGAAAGAGGGCGGGACUUUCAUUAACAUGGGUUUAGCAGCGAGAGACGAGGGAAAUGGCCUUCCGGCAGAGGAAGAAACGUUUCCCUUACAUGUUUCGGAAAAUGCGCUGUCAAUAUUUCCUCAGGAAGCCGUGGACUGCUAACUGAAGCACAUAGCUUAUGGGAAUUAAGAUACCGGAAGCUGUGUGGAGGUAGACCGGGAUAACGCAACAAGUCAGGAUCCUCUCCUCGCCUAACCCGUGGGAAAUAAACCUUUAUUGGAGGACUUGUGGCGAACGACGGCACACAACGCCGAGGAUCACACUGGUCCCUGCGUGACGUCUGUGCACAGAGGGAGACGUUUGGACAUCAUAGCUGUGCUAAAAUCAACAGUUUAUUUAACUUUUAUUUCAUAAUGGGAAUUAGUUUCGGCGUGCGUAAAGAUCGGUCCUGUUUGCACCCAUGAACUUGUUUGGGGGCCUGAUUCUUCUUCAUGGACCAUGAAGACCACGCGUAAAUGCAGGGCGUUGAUCUCAGUGGGGUUGAACUUCCUGGCUCUUUUCUUCUCCAUCACAGCGUUCAUCACCACCUACUGGUGCGUCGGGACGCAGAGGGUACCCAAGCCCAAGUGCUCUAAGCUGCGGACGCACCAGUGCAUCGACUACGGGGUGAACGAGACGGACCCCAACAAGGUGGUCUACAGCUGGGAGACCGGCGACGACCGGUUCCUCUUCAGACAGUUCCACACCGGGAUCUGGUUCUCCUGCGAGGAGAACAUCAACGACGAACGUGAGGAAUGCAGAAGCUUCAUCGAUUUGGCCCCAGCCUCAGAGAAAGGCAUCCUGUGGCUGUCGCUGGUAUCGGAGAUGCUGUACAUCCUCCUGCUCAUGGUGGGCUUCAGCCUGAUGUGUCUGGAGCUGGUCCACUCCAGCAACACCAUCGACGGCCUCAAGCUCAACGCCUUCGCCGCCAUCUUCACCGUUCUCUCAGGUCUGCUGGGCAUGGUGGCCCACAUGAUGUACACUCAGGUCUUCCAGGCCACGGUGAGCCUGGGCCCGGCCGACUGGAGGCCCUACAACUGGGACUACGGCUGGUCCUUCUGCAUGGCGUGGGGCUCCUUCACCUGCUGCAUGGGCGCCUCCGUCACCACACUCAACUCCUACACCAAGACGGUCAUCGAGUUCCGGCACAAGAGGAAGACGUUCGAGCAGAGCCUGCGGGAGGAGCAGGCCCGCGAGGCCUUCGGCUACUUCAGGGAGCGCGGCCUGCACUCCGUCUCUAAGGACGUGGACGACUACCCCGGCCUGACCCCCCAGGGCAGUCGGCGCUCCCCCGCGCACGGCUCCCCCUCCCUGGACCUGAGCGACACCACGGGGUCGCUGGGCGAGGAGCAGUGCUGAGCGGGAAGGUGGAGUCGGGGCAGCGGGGGCCGGUCGUAACGUCUGGGGUCAUGGAGCUGUAGUAGGGGCAGCAGGGGCCGGUCGUAACGUCUGGGGUGAUGGAGCUGUAGUAGGGCAGCAGGGGCCCGUCGUAACGUCUGGGGUGAUGGAGCUGUAGUAGGGGCAGCAGGGGCCCGUCAUAACGUCUGGGGUCAUGGAGCUGUAGUAGGGGCAGCAGGGGCCGGUCGUAACGUCUGGGGUGAUGGAGCUGUAGUAGGGGCAGCAGGGGCCCGUCGUAACGUCUGGGGUGAUGGAGCUGUAGUAGGGGCAGCAGGGGCCCGUCGUAACGUCUGGGGUGAUGGAGCUGUAGUAGGGGCAGCAGGGGCCCGUCGUAACGUCUGGGGUGAUGGAGCUGUAGUAGGGGCAGCAGGGGCCGGUCGUAACGUCUGGGGUCAUGGAGCUGUAGUAGGGGCAGCAGGGGCCAGUCGUAACAACCUCCUCCCAGGAUUGUGAGGUCAUCAUCCCCUGGUUUGGCAUGAUUGCGUCGAGGGAUUUCUGAAGCCAUUAGUGACUCUGGUUCAACCCCCCCCCCCCCCCCCCACCCCCUGAGAAGCUGGACACCAACUGCUGCAGGGACUGAUUUGUAGUCAUUGGUUGGGUGGACAAUAGAACUACAAGUCCCACGUGGAGAGAGGGUGGGCAGGAUCAUCGUGUGGCCCGGCGUUAGGGCUGAACUGUUUGAAGGAAUCACCGUAAAGACGAACACAUCUCACUCAACACUCUCAAGUCUCUCCGUGUAUACCGACGCCGUAAGCCUUACACACUUUAGAAAACACAGUUUAGAUGCACUGCACUUCAAUGAAACCCCUCAUCUUGUGACUCAUCAAAGGAGGGUGUAAAUAGUAUUGGUAAUCUGUUCAUUAAACCUCAACUGUUUGCUGUCUAUACCGUGCCUGCGUGCAUCAUAUUUACAAAGACAAAAAAGGGCGAUUGCAACGUAUCAUUAUUCAUGAAUAAAAUGAUACCUUACAUUUUACAGUAAAAAAA